AUGACUUACCAGGUGUCGGCAGCAAGGAAGGCCUUCCUAAGGGGAAUGGGGUUCAGCUCUGCCUCUGCUAUUGGUGGACUAGGUGGACACAGAACCUAUGUUGCCUCUGUGCGCCAUCCAGGUAGCAGCGGACGGGGUGUCUGUGGCUUCAGCAGUCAAAGCCUUUCUAAUCUGGGUGGAAGAGGAAGCGUUGCGUGUGGUGGUUAUGGACUUGGAUAUCAUGGUGGCUAUGGCUAUGCUUGUGCAAGUCAUGGUAACCCAGCCUUUGGUGGCCCGGGGGGUCAUUAUGGUCCUAGAUGUUAUGACUCAGUUGGAAGUUGUGGGAUUUCUGGUGGCAGGGGUGAUGGCAUCCAUGGAGUCAGAAUCAACGAGAAGCUUCUGAAGCCACUGCAUGUGGGAGUUGAUCCUCAAGAACAUAUUGUACGGAAUCAUGAAAGGGAAGAGAUGAAAAGCCUCAACAACCAGUUUGCCUCCUUCAUUGAUAAGGUCCGAAAUCUAGAGCUACAGAAUAAAGUCCUUGAGACCAAAUGGAAGCUUCUGCAAGAACAGGUCGUUCCAGCAAAGAGAAGCCUUGAACCUUAUUAUGAGAGCUUCAUCAGCAACAUGAAAAAGCAAUUGGAGUGUUUAUUAAGUAACCAAGAGCAUCUAAAAAAUGAAAAUGCUGCCAUUGAACAUCUGCUGGAGGAAUUCAAGUGCAAAUAUGAACAGGAAUUCAAAAAACAUACGGAUGCAGAAAAUGAAUUUGUGCUGCUCAAGAAGGAUGUAGACUCCAUUUCUCUGAACAAGUCAGAACUGGAGGGGAAAGUAAAUUUGCUGAGAGGAGAGUUGGAAUUUCGCAGAUGCAUCUAUGGAGAGGAAUUAGCACAGCUCAGUGGCAGAGUUUAUGACACUAACAUCCUCUUGCAAAUGGACAACAGCCGAGACUUGGACAUUGACGGCAUCAUCAAAAAUGUUGAAGCAUGGUAUCAAAAUGUUGCCCGGGGGAGCAAAGAAGAAGUUAAUGCUUUUUAUGAAAACCGAUUCCAAGAGCUUCAGCAGCAAAGAGGGAAAUAUUCUCAAACUCUGAAGAGCAACCAGCAAGAGAUUGCAGAUCUAACUCGUCUGGUUCAUAAGUUGCAGUCUGAACAUGAUGUUAUUAAAAAACAGGUUACUGCUCUCCAAACAUCCAUUUGUGAGGUUGAGGAGCAUGGAGACUGUGCUCUUAAAGAUGCCCGGGAUAAGCAUAUUGAUCUACAGACUGCUCUGCAGAAGGCGAAGGAUGACUUAGCGAGGCUGCUAAGGGAUUACCACGAGCUUCUGAACACCAAGCUCGCUCUUGACAUUGAAAUUGCUACCUACAACACAUUGCUGGAGGGAGAGGAGAGCAGGAUACACUUAGGAAAUCCUGUCUGUAUAGACGUGAUCAAACCUUCUGGGAUAGAGAACACAGCUGGAUUCCCAGUUUCAAGUGGAUAUGGUCCUGUAGCUGAAGGAUAUGGUGGAGGAUAUGACAUGGGAUUUGGUAGAGGAUAUGGAACGGGAAGCCAGGGGAGAUGCAAUAGGAACUAUAGCUCCAGAAGUGUUGGAUUUGAUUCAAGGACUAUGGGCAGCAAUACAGCUACAAGAAAUGCAUCUGCAGAUGCCGAGUUCUACCCAGGAAGAGGGUGUAGCUGUGGGAAUGAGUCCUGUUCUGCUGGUAAUCCAAAGAGAACUGUGCUGUAUGCCAAGGUGGCAGAAGAAAAAAUUGAGACAAAGGAGAGUUCAGGGAGCGGGGACAGCGAGUGUGAGGUGGAAGCCCGGCUCAACCAGACAGAGUUGGAAAGUGCCCUCCACUCCCUAAAUUUUGUGACAGAACCCCAGACGCCGAGCGUUAUUAUUGAAGAACCACAGGUGGCGACUUCCUAG